AUGCUCUCGCCGAGAACAUCAUCGGCCGAGACUCUCGACGAGAGGCUCUCAACGAAUACUUUUGAAAGUUGUGCUUUGGAAGAAAUACUUGCAACUGGUGAGGGAGAAAAGAAAUUACUCGUAGCUAUAUUAAAUGUCGAUGUUGACAAAGAGAGCUAUCCUUUGGUUAAAGUUGUUUCGGAUGGAGCUUGGUCGACAGGAUCUUUUAAGACCAGUUAUAGUUCUCUUUCUGGAUGUGCUUGUGCUUUGUACUAUUGGUUA